AUGAAUUUCAAGCGCUGUAUUUUAUUUCGUUCGUUUAGUCAACCACGCUUGUAUCGAAUAGGCCCCCAUAGCUCACCUGUAAGUAGGCACCUUAGUUGUGAACACCCAACAAUUUUUGCUAAAACCCCUUUCCGGUCCAAUCGAGAAAUUUCCCAAACACCUUAUCACUUUGAGCAACUUUAUAUUGAUUCGACAAAUUUGGUAUCAAAUGACGUCGAUCACGGGCAUCGCUUAGAUUAUUUUCAUGGAGAUCAUGAUGAGUUCCUGUCCAGGACUCAGAAUGGUGCAGUUAUUUUGUUUUUCUAUAGACCAGUUUGCAGUGUGUGCGCACUACUUGAGUCUAAAAUUAAACAUGCUCUGAUGGGGCACCAUGUUUAUACCGAGAAGGAGUCCAUGGUGUACUCAGCAGAACGUCCUCUUUUUGAAUUAUUCAAUCAACCUGGAGCUUUGGCACCUUCCAGCGUGCCUUCGUCAGAAGAGGGAUUUUUAAAUAAUUCCAAGGGAGUUUACGCAUAUCCCAACGACAGCGCUAGCCGCACGUCAAAUGGUUUCAAGGAACGUUUGAGUUCAUUCUUGAGGGUGAAGCGUUUGGUGCAUCCGCGUUUUCAUUUAGAUAAAAAUGACAGCGGAGGCACUGCCCGCGGCGCUACAGCAGUUUCCGACAGGGGUGGCGAUCGCAGUAGUAUGGAAACGAAGAAGCCCUCGUUCUUUGAAAGCAACUACCCCCAAGAACAAAAGCAAGCAAAGGAUUCCUUUCAGUUUGCCCUCAUCGACUCUAUUCACUUCUUGGCUAUAAACACGGAUGAAAAUGAACGUUUGACGUCAUUUCAUGACGUGCGCAAUGUUCCAACAUUUUUGGCAUACCUUGAUGGAUACAUAAUUGCUAGUACUGAGGGUGCAAAUGAAAUAGGGUUGUGCAAACUUGUGAGGCUCUUAUCUGAUGAAGCUGAAAAUCAAAAGAAGAAAAAGGAAACUCGAACAAACAGUGAACCUUAG